UUAACCUAUAAUACGCUGUGUCUAUGAUGGCUUAAUUGCAUCAAUUUGAUGUUUGGUGACGUAGUGCUGCGUGAAUUGAUAAAACUAGUGAUUCUGAGAAAAUUACAAAGGAAUUGAAAAUUUUAAGGUCUAGUAUACGAUGCCGGGCGCUAUAGAGGAGGACUAUCGCAUUGUCCAAAAUCAACUGGAAGUUGAAAGUAACUAAAUUUAACUGAGUUCGUUGAAUCAAAAAAUUUCGAUUGCCAUAACAACAAUAAACGAAUGAAACUCCACCUUGUGGAAUAAAAAGAAUCAUACAUCAUGUUCUAUCUAAGAAUCUAAAGCCUAUGUCACCAUAACGCAAAAGACAGACUCAACUCAUUUUACCAAUCCUCUGAAGUGACACAUCUCUACAUAGAAUGUCGGAUUCAGACCAAGACAGUAUAAACCAAACCGGCGAAGAAAUAUUAGAUGAAAAUACAGAAAUUACACUUCACCUCGCAGUGCAGUACAACGAGGAACAAACUAUCCAGUCCCUUUUAAAUGAACAUCCGCAAUGUGUAAAUCUUCGAAACGAAUUAGGUAGAACUGCCCUUUACCUAGCUACCGAACAAGGUCACACAUCCAUCGUCAAACUCCUUUUGGAUCACGGUGCUAACAUAAAUAUCCCCUCGCACAGAGGCAACACACCUCUUCAUGCCGCCAUCUGGUACGAAAAAUCCGAAACUGCCGAAUUCCUCAUCAAUAAUGGCGCGGACAUCUCAGCUUGUACUGUAACCGGUUUAAUGCCUCUGCAUUUCGCGGUUAAAAAGAACCUAAAGCGGAUAGUAAAAAUCCUACUUAACAGGAAUAUUCCCACUGAUGUGAAGACCAUAUAUGAUUUUACGCCUCUUCACUACGCAGCUAAGAACCAAGACCCGGAACUGACCCAGUUGUUCCUGGUCCUCGGAAUUCCGGUAAACACCCCAACGAAAAAUAACCAAACAGCACUUCAUAUUGCGGCCCACAGAGGAAAUGUUGAAGUCGCGAAGAGCCUCGUGGAGCAAAAUGCUAUAAUCGAUGCGGAAAAACGUGACUUUACGACUCCCUUGCAUUUAGCGGCCGAAAGAGGGAACGUAGAGAUGGUUAGGUAUCUUAUAAGCCAGGGGGCGGACGUGAAUAAAACGAGCGAUGAAGGCGGCACGCCUCUGCAUCGAGCGACAUUUUCUAGAAACCCGGAGAUUGCCGAGAUUCUUUUAAAUAAGGGCGCAAGGGUCGACGCCAAGACUGCAAGAGAGGCAACUCCUCUUCAUCUGGCAGUGCAGAAGAAUUGUGUGGAUAUGGUGAAAAUGUUGCUAGAGUAUGGCGCAGGCGUCAAUAACAAAGACGCCCAGGGCCAGAACGCGCUUUGCUUCUUCUCCGAUAAUGGCGGGGAAAUCGCGGAAGUGCUGAUGGAUUACGGUGUGGAUGUCAAUUCGACCGACAAAAUCGGCAAGACUGCCCUCUUACAGGUUUAUAUCAAUGCUGGGAAGACCGUUGCGAUCGCGAAACUUCUGGUGAAGAUCAUGGCGACGAUGAUCUCCACCGGGCAAUUCGUGAGCGAGAAGAACCAGCUGCUGCUUAAGCUUAAGAAUCCGGGGAUCUUCUUUGAAAAGUGUAACAAGGAAAUUGAGCGAAUGAAGACUAGAAUUAUUGACGAUGUUUACAAUAUUACAUUUCAUGAUGUGUUGACGAAGGAUGUUAAGAAACUGACGAUCUAUGCCAAGUUCAGGAAUGUGAUUGACGCUUUUGAGGGUGGGGAGUAUAGAAAGGAAUUCCCACUUUAUGCAAAUAUGCUGGAGAGACGCUACAGGAUUGGAAAGGAGCAGAAUGAUUUGUUCGAGGCGGGAGCGGCGGUUUUCAAUUUGUUGUUCCAAUAUAAACUUCCGCAAUUUGUGGAGAAUAAUGCCAAGGCCAUUGAUAUUCAUUUCACGAAUGGAUUCGAAGUUCCGGUUCUUGCUACUCGGAAGUUGUUUAGUUAUUUGAGUGUUAUGGAUAUGCGGACUUUGUCCAGUUUGUCCGAAAAUUGGAAGACGGCAGAUACUGAAGGUGUCAUCAUCAAUAGCCAGUUCAAAAAGAUGAAGAUUCCGCAAGACUGACUUCCUGGGUUUGUUGGAGUGAUUGGGAAGGAAGUAAAUUUUUGUAUGUAGGUUUUCACCAAGUCUUUCGUUAAAAAAAAGCACUAGAAGCAAUUUAAAGUAUAUCAAAAACAAGCGAGCCUAAGGUGAAAAUCUAAGUCUCUCUUUCAACUUGAAUGGUAUUUUAUAGUUACGAUUAAUGCAUAGUCCUGAUGAAA